AUGUCUCAGACACUGCUGGAUCCGCUGACCCUCGAUGAGGAGAUAAAUGAGGAACAGAAGACACCAGACGUUACCUCGUUAUGGGAGCACGUGGCGCUCGCGCAGAUUCCAGUAAAGGUGUUGAGAGGACACGCCGACUCCGUGACCAGCUGUCACUUCUGUUUCCGUGACACUCGACUUCUUACCAGCUCCCACGACAAGACAGUGAUAUUUUGGGAUGUGGAGACAGGAGCUCAGCUGAUGGUGCUGACAGGAGGACACUCAGGAGCCAUCACUGCCUGCUGUUUAGUCCAGGAGAAAAACAGUGUAAUAACAUCCUCUUGGGACAAGACGAUAAAUGCCUGGGACCUGGAGACUGGUAAAAUCCUGUGGACAGUAACACAGGGUGGUUUGCUGAUGUCAUGCAGCGUGUCAGGGGACGGGAAGUACGUGGCUUCAACCUCAGACAUGGACAACGCUCUGUAUGUCAGCUGUGCAGCUACGGGACAGAAACUGCAUUACAUUCCAGGUCAUCAUACAUCCACGGUGAUGAGCUGCAGGUUUGAUGCUCAGAGUCAGCAUGUUGCCAGUGUCUCAGCAGACAGAUCUGUUAAAUUGUGGGACAUUAGCUCUCACAAAACCACUCUGAGCAUAAAAAGCGCUCACACAAACGUCAUCUCCAGCUGCUGCUUUACACAAAAUGGCCGUUACUUGUGCACGGCAUCAUGGGACCGUACACUAAAGCUGUGGGAUGUGCAAACAGGUUCCUUCCGUACCAGAGGAGGAGAGCAGCUCAACAAAGGCCAUGAUGGAAGUGUCAGCUCCUGUGCUUUCUCCAGUGAUGCUUCUUUUCUUGUGUCUGGAUCGUACGACAGAACCGUUGCAUUGUGGGAUGUGAAGGGACUGUACAGAACUCUGGUGCUGAAGGGUCAUCUGGACUGGGUGACAGACGUGGACAUCAGUGCUGAUAAGAACUGGGUGGUCUCCUCUUCAAAGGAUUGUACAGUGCGGCUGUGGAAUAUUGAGCAGCAUGAGCGCAUUCCUACAGUCAGAGAGAGCAGGAAAGCACAUGGACAUGAACCUCAUAUCCUUCAGUGUGAGGGAUGUGGAAAAGUCUUCUCACUGUCUCACUUGGAGAAAGUUAACUUCCUCACCAAGUGUGUGUUCUGUCGACUGAAGACUCCACACACUUCUCUACCAGCACCUCCACCUCUUUAG